AUGGCCUUGACAAUAUUUCUAUUUAAAGUUUCUAAUAUUGAUGAUCCCACUGCUAAGAUGGAUAAUAUUGAUGAAGACGAUGAUCAAGCAACAUCUGAUAUGGCAACAGUAAAAUUUGCUCCUGAAGAAGAUAUACCGUUACUUUGUGCUAAAGUCAAAUUUCGAGGUAUCCAUCUUUGGUCGAACAAUAUACGUAUUCGUAAUCGUACAGCCAAUUUUAUUGGACGUGGAAACACACCAAAGAAAUUUAAUUUUAAUUUAGCAACAAUGCUAGUCCCCGAUGAUAAAUUACUUAUCAAGUUUUAUACAUUUAAUUCGAAGAAAAAGCGAAAAAAGCUUAUCGGAGUUGUUGAAAUAGUACUCGAAGGUUUAAUCGAAUCCAAAUAUAUUGAUUUACAGGAAGAACUUUUAUCCGAUCCAAAUAACCGUUUAACUGAAUGUAGUGUACAGCUUAAACUUUAUUAUACACCACCAGAUAUUGAUGAACAAAUGGCUGCAUUAGGUCAGGGAGAAAACAGCGCGUUAGUCGAUUGGAAAAGUAUGUUCGAUGAUGAAGGACGACAUGGUGGUCAUCGAUAUAGACAUAUACAUUCGAAACAUGAUAGUCGAUUUAAAAGAAUUCGUUCAAAACUUAUUGGUCGUACAGAUGAUGCUGAUACUGAUUCAUAUAGUGAUUCAGACUUUGAUGAAAAUGCAACUACUAACAAAAAUGGUCAAUCUUUAGAUGAAAAUGCUCAGAAAAAAAUGCAACUCAAUAAUAUAGAACUACUAGAAAAGAGUUUGGGUCGAUUUAUUGGUGAUCCAUAUGAAAUGAACGAAUGGCAAGUUAUAGUUCAUAUUAUACACGCACGAGAUCUUCCAGGACUCAAUAUUAAUCCAUAUAUUAUUGUUCAGAUUGAUGAUCAAAAACAACAAACAACUGUACAAAAAUCUUCUAAUUCACCGUAUUUUGGUGAAUUCUUUUCAUUCGAUUUUACAUUACCAGCUACAAAAUUCAUGGAAAAAGUUAUUUUUAUCAAAGUUCAUGAUGACGUUAGAAUAGUUAGUAAAAUUAAAGAUACAACGCCAAUAGCGAUUUUUCGGUUAGAUGUAGCAACAGUUUACAAUGAAAAAGAACAUUCAUUUGAACGAAAAUGGGCUCAAUUAGUUAAUCCAGAAAAUAUUGGAGCACAAUGUGGUCAUUUACUUGUUUCAAUAUCUGUUACACAACAUGGUGUACCAACCCAAAAUGUGCUCACUGAAGGAGGACAAGAAGAUGAUGAAUUUGAUCCAGCAAAAACUUUAAUUCCUGCAGCUAUGCCUCGUAUUCUAUUGCCUGUACAAUUAAAAGUCACUUUUUUUAGUGCCAGUGAAUUACCUGAAAUGAUGACUGAUUUUUUAGCAACUGUUUCCAAAAAGAUUUUUUCAUCAAAUACUUGGGAACCUGUUGAUUCUUAUGUUGAAGUUUCAUAUAAUACAAUGAAAGCAACAACAGAUACUCGUAAUGGUACAACACCGGUCUGGGGUGAAGCACUUUAUCUUAUUGGAUGUUUUCCACCGCUCAUAAGAACAAUGAAAGUAACUCUUAAAGAUAGUGCAGCUAUGCAACGAGAUCGUAUAAUUUCAUCAUUUUUUAUCGAUCUGUUUUUAAUAAGUGAAAGUAAUCCAUCCAUUGGCUUCUUACCAACAUUAGGCCCAACAUGGAUGUUUUUAUAUGGAAGUCUAAGAGAAUACACAAUAAGUAAAGAACAGGAUGGUCUGAGCGAAGGAGUGGGUGAAUCUAUUUGUUAUAAAGGACGAAUACUCAUGUCUAUUGAUUGUCAUCCUGUAAAUUCGGAAAAUACUGCAAACAUGAGUGUACAAAAAGAAACUGGUAUACAAUUUCCUGAAGCACAUAUAUUUCCAAUGAAACGUACAUUUAUUCUCUUCGGUUGUAUUUAUGAUGUCACCAUGAUUGAUAAAGCAUUCGGCAAUUCAUCAAUUUGCUUUGAAUUAAGUAUUGGUUCAAGUGGAUAUUUAAAUCCGAAUGAAUUAGCUGCUGCUUUUCAUAAGCCUGUUUCAUCGUUGACACGGGUAUAUCCACGCAUUCCACUUGAUAAUAAUAAAGAUCAUUUUCGUUUACCAAUUGAUUUACAAAAGCCGAUACUAUUUACAAAAUAUACAUUUCAUGAUUAUAUCUAUCGUAUAGCAUUAUCAAAUCGUCUAAAACGUAUAUCGCAACAUUUGUCCGAACGAAUUCGUGAUUUGGAAUUGAAAAUGAAUUCGAAAGUUUCACAUGAAACUCUCAAGGAAGAAUAUCGAAAAAUCGAACAAUAUGUUCAUGCAUCGCCAUGUGGAUGUGGUGAAUCAAGCGGCAAUCCUCAAGCAUUGGGCACUAUACCUGUAGUUCAUGCUACUUUAUCGGAACUAUUAAACUGUACUUCUACAACUGCUAAAUUGAACAAUCUAGACAUUAACCGGCGUAAAAAACUUCUUCACUAUCUAGAAUCAAUUAAAUCCUGGAUUUCCAAAGGAGCUGAUUUUGCUGGACCGAAUCGAUAUGAAACUAUCAAAGAGUUAAAUAAAAUUGCUCGUGUAUUUGAAAGAAUGGCUGUUGAUGCACAACCAGCUUUACCUGAUGUAUUUUUAUGGAUGAUAUCUGAUUCGAAACGAGUAGCAUAUGCACGUCUUUCACCUGAAGACCUUUUUUUUAAUUUAUGUCAGGGUGAAAAAGGAUUAUACAAUGGUCGUGUGCAAACGAUUUUUCUCAAAACACCACGCUCAACAAAUCAACCAUUGAAAUCAUCAACAAAUGCGAAAGUACAAAUUUAUCUUUGGCUCGGCAUUGAAGAAUAUGAACGAUAUAUAUUUAAACAAAUGCCAGCCGGUUUCGAUAUGCCACCUUUACCAUUGCAACCUAAUCUGAAAAAUAUAAGAUAUAAUGGACGAACAUUUUUUGAAUUACGAUGUCAUUGUUAUAAAGCAAGAGCAUUACUUGCUGCUGAUGCAACAGGCUUGUCUGAUCCGUUUUUAAGUAUUACCGUUGGCAAUGAAACACAAACAACGCCAGUUCUAAAGCAAUCAUUGUGUCCACAGUGGAAUAUAACAUUGGCCUUCCAAAACUUGAUACAUGUUGGAACUCGAGAAACAGCUGAGGAAAUAGUUGGAAAUGUUGUUGUUGAAUGUUACGAUUAUGAUGAAGGUGGUAAUGGUCCAGAAUUAAUUGGACGUUUUUCUACAACAGCUAAACUUGAUUUAUUUGACGAAAAAGCUGGGGCGCAGCAAUCUUUAUUUAAAUGGUAUCCGUUUAAAAUCGGUGAUGAGCAAGCUGGAGAACUUCUAGCUGUGUUUGAACUUGUUCAAGUUAAUCCGCAUACAAGACAAGCUGAUACAACAUGUAAACUUGAAGAAAUUGAAAUAACAACAGAAGGUUAUCCGCUGUUGAAUUUCGUUACUUCGCAGGUAAAAAAUAAAAUUUAUCAAAUUCCAAUUUUACUGAUACCCGAUUUGAAAACAUAUGAAAUUGAGAUUAUGUUUUGGGGUUUACGUGAGUUUCGUACCAUUAAUCUUCAACCUAUUCAACAAGCAGAAGUGACCAUUGAAUGUGCUGGUGCACGCGUAACAAAAUCUAUAAAAAAUGUGCAAAAAUAUCCAAAUUUUGAAUCAACAACUAAAGAAGCAAACAAAUAUGUUCUUCUUGUCAAUUUACCUGAUGAUGACAAUUUUUGGCCUCAUUUAAGUAUUCUUUGUGUGCAAACUCGUCUUUUUGGAAUGAAAGAAGUAGUCGGAAAUCUAGUUGUAACUAAUUUACAGAAAUAUGUUCGUAAACCUGCUCAUUCCUUACUGAAAAUUGACCAAGACAUGGCUGCGGCUGUGAAUGAGUUAUCAAAAAGAAUUUCGUACGAUUUUAAUCGUGUUCGGAGAUCAGUUAUCGAUGCGUAUGAAGCUGUCCAAGCUGCAGGAGAUGAUGAUUUAGGAAAGAGAAAAUUACUUGAAUUUGAAAGGGAAACAGCUCGUGGUAAUCAAAUAGCUAUCACCAAUGCAGACUCUUCAAGGCAAGGAAAAGGAGCAAAUGAUGAACCUGGUGAAAAAUCAAAUAACAAAAAUGAUGAUUCAAAAGAAUCGGAUUCAGCACAACCACCUAGUAGUGAAGCUCAUAUAAGUGAAUCAUCGAUGGCGUUAGAGCGAAAAAAACGAAAUGAUAUGGAAAAAGCAGCUGGAUGGUGGCAUAAAUAUUAUGCAUCAAAAGCAAAACUGAAGUUAAUGCAGCAAGACACUUCAGAAAACGAUGAAAAUGUGUUCGAUAACGUCGAUGCCUAUGCUAAUCUUUUUGAAGAGCAAUCAACCACUGUUGCCAAAAAUCGUUCGAAUUUAUGGAGUAAAUUUAAAAUCUUACUUCGAAAUCCUGUCAGAGCUCACAAAUUAUUACGCGAGUUGGCUGUCCAGGAAAUAGAAAAGUUGACAGAUUCAAAUAAAUUUAAUUCAAUUUUUGACGAAAUUUUUGAUGCUAUUGAAACUGAUCGUCUUAAAGAAUUAACAUUAUUUCAAACCUUUGAUAUUAUUGAAACAGAAUUAGAAAAUGUUUAUGAUUAUGAAGGUUUCAUUGAUUGUAUUGAAUCAUUUCCUCUAUAUAAAGGCAAAGGUUCAAGUCGAUCCGAUGAAGUUGGCGCUGAAAACCGUAUAUAUGCGAAAUUCAAAGGUAAAUUCUGUAUUAGACAAAUUCAAGAACAAACUUCUGUUCGAGAACUUUCAACUGAUGAAAUCAAAAAUAUUCCUCGAAUGUCAGUUAGUCCAUCUAUUUUAAAUCCUCAAUUGAGCACAGGAAGACAAUUAAGCAUGGAUGCACUUGCUAAAACACAAGAUCAAAUGCUUCAAUUUGAUUAUAAUAAAAAUCCCAUAACACUAAAAUGUCGAUUAUAUUUGAUAAAAGCUGUGUUAUAUCGUGGCUGGGAUCAGUCAGGCAAAGCAGAUCCAUUUAUAAAAAUUGCAUUAAACAAUACUACUAUAAUUGAUGACACGGAAGGAAAACUACAAAAUACAUUAGAGCCAGUAUUCGGCAAAUCAUUUGAGUUUGAUGUUCAAUUACCAUUUCAAAAUUUAAUACGUAUACAACUAUGGGAUUGGGAUAUGACAAGUUCUAAUGAUUUGAUUGCUGAAACAAAAAUUGAUAUUGAAAAUCGUUGGUUUUCAUGCCAUCGAGCAACUUGUGGUUUACCAAAACGAUAUGACAGUGUGGGUUAUAAUGUAUGGCGUGAUACAAAAAAACCAACACAAAUUUUAGAAGAGUUAUGUCGAACCGUAGAUAUCGACUCACCUGUAUACGCGCCAGAUUUUCAGUCAUUAAAAAUUGGUGAUGAAGUUUUUGAAUGUGAUCCUGAAUACAUUGAAUUUAUAAAGUACGCAACAACUGCUGGAGACACAAUUCAUCGAAAAGCUCAUCAUGAAUCGCCCGAUGAUUAUAAAAAAGAAAACACAGCAUUAACGGCACUAAAUAAGUGGGGAAAAACAAUUAAUCCAAAACAUGCUUUGGUUACUGAACAUAUUGAAUGUCGAUCACUUUUCAAUCCAGCAUUUCCUGAUACUGAACAAGGAAAGUUAGAAAUGUGGUUAGAUUUUUUUCCAAUGUCACGACCACCUUCUAGUGGUAUGACUGAUAUUACACCACCAAAACCUACAAGCUAUCAAUUACGUUUAACUGUCUGGAAUACAUCUGAUGUAGAAUUGAAUGAUGAAAAUUUUCUGACAGGAGAACAGUCAUCAGAUAUUUAUGUUAAAGCAUGGAUAAUAGGAGAAAAAGUUGAUGCGCAACAAACUGAUAUUCAUUAUCGAUCAUUAGCAGGCGAAGGAAAUUUCAAUUGGCGAUUCGUGUUCGAUUUUCAGUUUUUAGAUAUAGAAGAAAAAGUUGUUUUUGAAGCAAAAGAUUCUUUAUUUCAAGUUGGUAAUACACUCAAGAAAAUUCCACCAAGAAUUAUUAUUCGUAUUUAUGAUGCAGACUUUUUCUUUGCUGAUGAUUUUCUUGCGGAAUGUAUUCUUAAUCUUAAAUCUUUUAAAUACGGUGCUAAAACAUCAAAAAAAUGUAACGCUAAUAUUCUCCUGGAUCCAAAACAUAAAGGAAUUAAUUUAUUUGCAAGUAAACGUAUUGCUGGUUGGUGGCCCAUGAUUGCUCCGUUGAAAGCAGGCGAAAUUCGUGAUAAAAAUUUAUUAGGUGGAAAAUUAGAGGCUGAGUUUUCGCUUCUUACUGCUGAAGAAGCAGAAAAGAAUCCAGUUGGAAAAGCACGUGAAGCACCACAACCACUAGACGAACCAAAUCGUCCAAAAACAUCAUUUCUCUGGUUUACUUCUCCUUUGAAAGUACUACGUUAUGUUCUUUGGCGAAAUUAUAAAUGGACGCUUAUUCUUACCAUUGUUAUUUUUAUUGUUCUCAUUUGUCUUCUAAUUGGAGUUUGGACGUUACCUAGUCAGAUUACGACACAAUUAACAGCUAAGAUCUUCAGCGGUGGAUAA